AUACCAAAUUAUACUGUGGUGAGAGCAAGCAGAGAUGGUGUUGUAUGCUCGAGCGUCGAAAUUCUGUG